AUGGCAUCUACCACAAUUCUGAAUACUUCCCCCGUGCAAGAAGCUAUGAAUGACUUGCACAUAUCAGAAAAGGACACGAUAGCAAAGUCUACUAUAGCAGAUACAUACUCCGCGAUGAUAGACGAUAUGUCCUUGCCGCUCUCCUCUGCCGAUGGCCUGGUUAAAAAGCCUUUUGCAAGGCCGCUGGAUUCCGCAUUGCCGGCUCCGAGGCCCGUGCUGACGUCUGAACAACGGAAAACGUAUGAUGAUCUCUUGAAAGUGGUCUCGUCCUGGACAGAGGUUCCGGAGACUUCCGCAAAAGGAGCCACCAAGUCCGCUAUCACCGACACUGAGCGCAUGUUCUUGACCCGCGAAUGUUUACGCCGCUAUCUACGAGCCACGAAAUGGGACAAAGGCGACGCCGAAGCAAGGCUGAUGGCAACGCUUGUGUGGAGGCGAGAAUAUGGAGUGGAGAAGCUGACGGCUGACUACAUCUCUAACGAGAACGAAACAGGCAAGCAGGUCAUCACUGGGUAUGAUAUCAAUUCCAGGCCGUGUCAUUAUCUCGUGCCAUCAAGGCAGAACACCAAGGGAAGCGAAAAACAGAUACAACACUUAGUCUUCAUGCUGGAGAGAGUGAUCGACCUAAUGGUGCCAGGCCAAGACACUUUGGCACUUUUGGUCAAUUUCGCAGAAACAAAGUCUGGUCAAGGGGCCACAGUGGGACAGGCACACCAAUCCUUAUAUAUCUUACAGAAUCACUACCCGGAGAGAUUAGGGAGAGCGCUCGUCACCAACGUACCUUUCAUGAUAUGGGGUUUCUUCAAGCUGAUCACCCCCUUCAUCGACCCAUUGACCCGAGAAAAGCUGAAGUUCAAUGAGGAUUUGACACAACAUGUCCCUCCGUCUCAACUUCUCAAACAGAAUGGUGGUGAGGUCGAAUUCGAGUACGACCACACAAUCUACUGGCCAGCGCUGAGCAAGCUAGCGGAGAUAAAGAGGCUAGCAUCUCAAGCUCGAUGGGAAAGGGCCGGCAAGCACGUUGGAGAAAGCGAAGAUUAUCUUCGGGGGGGCAGCGAGGAGAGUUUAUUCCAAGCGAGGUCCGAGAUUGACCAGGUCAAUGGAUUGGCGUCAUAA